CGGGCGGGGCGUUCCCCGCGCCCGUAGCAACCGGAGCGUUCGCGGUAUCCACGGCACCAUGGCAAAAGCAACGACCAUCAAAGAAGCUCUAGCCAGAUGGGAAGAGAAAAGUGGCCAGAAGGCUUCAGAGGCAAAGGAAGUGAAACUGUACGGGCAGGUUCCUCCUGUGGAAAAGAUGGAUGGCGCUCUCUCCACUCUUGUUAACUGCGAGAAGCUAUCGCUGUCUACAAACUGCAUUGAUAGAAUCGCCAACUUGAACAACCUAAAAAAUUUGAGGAUUCUGUCUUUGGGAAGAAAUAACAUAAAGAACUUGAAUGGACUGGAGGCAGUUGCUGAAACUCUAGAGGAGCUGUGGAUCUCAUACAACUUAAUUGAGAAACUGAGGGGUAUCCGUGUAAUGAAGAAACUGAAGGUUCUUUAUAUGUCAAAUAAUUUGGUGAAAGACUGGGCAGAGUUUGUGAGACUGGCAGAGCUGCCAGUACUAGAGGAGCUGGUGUUUGUAGGCAAUCCACUACAAGAGAAAUUUGCCGCUGAUCAGAACAGUUGGAUUGAAGAAGCAACCAAACGGGUACCCAAGCUGAAAAAGCUGGAUGGUACCUUAGUUGUUAAAGAAGAAGAGGAAGAAGGAGCAGAAGGAGUGGAAGGAGUGGAAGGAGCAGAAGGAGGAAUCUGAUGACACUUUCUUAUUGUGUCUUAAAUUAUUAAAGUAACUCCAGAUAGCUUGGCAUAUAAACUUUUAUAAAAGUAUCUGUUUUAAAGAAAAUCUUUGGGCAGUUUUUAAAAGACCAGCUUAUCUCCACAGUCUCUCACCCAAAGAGUUAGUUACCAAAAAUUGCUCACACUGGUUUGUCAAGCUUAUGACACCUUCUGUAGAGACUAGUGGAGCUGAGUUUACUUGCUGUUUGGCUAGCAAGGGAUCUUUAUUUAAAUUAAUACAUAGCUAUUUUUUAAUGCCUGAUUAGUGGUGCUUGUUGUUUAUUCUUGGGUUAUAAAAGAACUGUUUUAGCUUAUUUGGUGCUGCUGGCCAACAUUGAAUUGGAAACUCUGAGGCCAGAAGAAUAAUGUUGUGGUUUAGAGACACCUGACAAGCUUUUUUGUAUUUAAUUUUGUCAUGGGACUUUCCCAAUAUUUUUAAUAUGUGAGUUUGCCUUUUCAUUCCUUGAAGUGUUAUGCCAAACAGGCCCAGAGGUUGCAGACAUACACACAAGAAGGUAUUGGUCUGACGAGCGCUUGUUCCUGGCCUUAAGUUUUGAAAUGGGCUUCUCACAUUGGAACUCAACUGCAUUGCUUAGAGCCAUGUAUAACUUAUAAAUUUAUUUAUUUUUUAAGAGGCAGUGGGAAUUCUUUGCAUGGUUUCAGUAAGACUAAAAUAUCUGCUAACUUUGUCUCUUAGUAAGAAAUUACUUUAGAUUGGAAUAUGUGGCCUAUUAGCCUACAGCUGGUUUCUGGCUUUGGAUUGGGUCACUGGUGGACAUAAUCCUCCUCAGCUCUGGAAUCUUCCUAUAAUUAAGUAGUCUGAUAGUAACAGAGAAACUAACAGCAAACAGAACUCCUGGGCUCAAGGAGAGAAAAAUUUGAUUUUGGGGAUAAAAUUUCAUUCCUUGUGAAAGCACAGGUGAGAGAAAGUAUACAUAGUUAGUGGGAACAGUGAGAUGAGAUUGAGAUGAGAUGAGGAUGAGAUGAGAUGAGAUGAGAUGAGAUGA